AUGUGUGAUUGCUCUUUUGAUGACACUCAUUUAUCAGCAUCUGCUUUUCGCCUAGGUGCCGGAAAGUCAUCACUUCUUCAAGCUCUCUUUCGACUUGUCGACCAGUCAGCAAUCAACGGAACCAUUCUCAUUGAUGGUAUUGAUAUCGGACGUCUUUCACUUGACCAUCUUCGUUCUCAUCUAAGUGUUAUACCACAAGUACCCAUACUCUUCUGUGGUACACUUCGAUACAAUAUUGAUCCCUUCGGACAAUUCUCAGAUGACGAAUGUCUUACAGCACUUGAAGCGGUUCAACUCAAAGAAUUGGUGCGCAACCAUCCCGAUGGACUCCAUCUGUUGGUAGCUGAAUCAGGUACCAAUUUAAGUGCUGGCGAAUGCCAACUGAUUUGUGUAGCUCGAGCCAUUUUGAAGAAGAGCCACAUAUUACUGAUUGAUGAGGCUACAGCAAAUGUCGACCAUGCCACUGACAGGAUGAUUCAAGAGGUGAUUGCUGAAAAGUUUCGUGAACGCACUAUAUUAACGAUUGCGCAUCGAUUGAAUACAGUAGUCAAUAGUGAUCGUAUUCUUAUGCUACAACAAGGACAGGUUGCCUACUUCGACGCACCUGGUAAUAUUAACCCGUUGGCAGCUGCCGAGGCAUAUAUGCGUCAGGAGCGCCAUCUUUGUGUGAACUGA